CCAUGUCCAUGCCUCCACCCUCCAGCUCGGGCUCGCUUCUCUGCGUCUCCCAGCUACGCAACAGAACAGGAAAAAGCACCAAAGCCAAAGAUGAACUCAGCAGCGACGACAACCAAGAAGACGACCAGCCCAACCCCACCGAUACUGUCGCUGAGAACUGACAAGGGAAGUCGAUCUUCUCGCCUACAAAUACCCCAUCACAUCAAAGAGGACGAUGACGAGGAUAAUGAUGAGGACGACGAUGACGAAGAGGUUGCUGACGAAGCUGCUGACAUGGCCGAUGACCUGGCACCUCAGACAAGCUCUCAUCAAGAGCCUGCGGUCCCAGAAAUCGAGGAAGACGAUGACCCCGCUAAUGCGCUCUUAACGCGACACGGAUCCCGAGCGGGGACACCUGCAGCUGUAGAAAUGGAGGACCACCACCACACGGCGCGCAUUGCCCACACCGCGCGCAACGGGGGAGAGUGCGACGACGACGAGGGCGACAGCGAGGGCAUGGCCACAGAGAUAGCCGAGGUAGAGGAGGUGAACGAUGACCAUGAAUACGAGCCUGAGGACGAGGAGGAGGACAGCGAGGGCGAGGGCAAGGAGAGAGACGCGGCAGAGGUGGGGGAGGAGAAAGUUGAACAUGAGCAUGAGGAGGAGGAGGAGGAGGAGGAGGAGGAGGAGGAGGAGGAGGAGGAGGAGGAGGGGAUAAGUGGGUAUCAGGCGAACGAAGCACAUAAGCAGCAGCACCAACUUCCCUCCUCACGAUGUGCACCUCCUCCUCCCCCUCGCGAUCGGGAUCGGGAUCGCCUUAACCAGAACGAGGAUGACGUCCCUGAAGACAACGACGAGCCGAUCGUGGCCAUCAUCCACCACGUCAUCAUCAGCACGGGAAAGGGAAGCAAGGGGGCUUAUGAUGAGAACGACGGGGAAGGAGAAGACGAAGAGAACGAGGAGGUGGCCGACAUCGGUCGGGAUCGCGAUGAUGAUAACCAUACCGACAAGAAAGGCAGCGGCAGGGUGACAGAUGAGCUGAACGAGAAGCAGUCGUACACAGCCGACGACGAAGGAACGGAGGAGGACGAGGAGGUGACCAAUCGGAACGACACAGAUAACAUCCAGACGGAGGAGGAGGAGGAGGAGGAGGAGAGUGGUGAUCAUGCGGGCAAACGAGGAGGAGGAGGAGGAGGAGGAGGAGGAGGAAGGGAUCAGCUGAACGCGGGGAAUGUGAGAGUAGCCGAGGACAGGAACACGAGCGGCAGCAGGGGAGAAGAUGAUGACGAAAGCGGUAAGGAGGGGGAGGAGGAGGAGGAGGAGGAGAGCGGUGAGUCCGAGGAAGUGCAGCAACAACUUCAACGAAGCAGUCGCGUGUCAAGUCAUCAUCUGCACUGGACCACCAGCGCAGAGAGGGCACUGACCUCAAGAAGACUGCAGAUCAGGAUCCGGGCCGGAAGAUGGACAGCACCGCCGCUGGUGGAAGCCCCUCCUCUUCCUCCUCCCCCUCCCUCUACAGCGAGAUGCGAACGGAUGAUGCCCAUCGGGACCGGAAUCACGUGCAGAGGACCAGGUCAGCGCGGACGGCGCCACAUCCGAGCGAAAAUAGCUAAACGACAACGACGGCCCACGGCCGACCCAACACCUCGAUCCCAGCACGAGCCUAGAGAAGCAACCUCCGCGCUCUUUCCUCCAGGUUGAAUUUAUUUUUAUUUUUUUAUUUUUUUCCCCCUCCACGUUGAACUUCAAUCACACUACCAUUUUUCUGUUCUCGUCUUAAAACACACACU